CGGAAAAUGGCUGUCAGAAGUCGUGAUAUGGAACUUUUCACCUAAAUAUAUGACUCAAUCGAGAGUUUCGGCUUUCUGAUACAUCUUAUUUCGCUUUCAUCAUGAAAGACACCUAUGAAUGAAACACAAUGAGCCUCCAACAACAGCAAGUCGAUGCCAGUGAACUUUUCAAUCUCCUUGAGUCUAAGGAGCUCAAAGUUGUUGAGGAUAUAAAGGCUCUCAUUCAUGAGAAUCUAAACUCAGCACGAGAAGCAUGGCUAUUGAAUGGUUUGGUGGAGUAUUAUAUGGUGACACAGUCCGAUAACAGCCUGGAGAUUUUGGCAGGACUUCGGGAACCACAUGACAAGCAUCUUUUUGACAAGCUGAAUGAUUAUAUGAAAGGACCAACGCGGGUCUCAACUCUAACUGCCAUUGGCUUCAUCGUCCGCAAGCAGCCCUCGUGGCUUCAUAAGAUCGUCAAUCACCAUCUAUUUACCACGAUCAUCAAAUGUUUGAAAACGGACACAGACGUGCCAAUCCUGAUGAGUGCCUGUCUAAUCAUCACCACACUCUUGCCAGUCAUACCCGUAUCAAUCGGCAGUCAUCUUCAAGACAUCUUUAUUGUCUUCACAAGACUUGCUGCAUUCAGUCUAAAGAAACCAGGGUUACGAUACUCUGAUGAAGAACUUCCGAACGCGAAUGUGCCGGAUAUUUUCCUGCUCCACCUACAAGUGGGAGUGUAUGCCCUGUUCCACCGCCUCUAUGGCAUGUACCCAUGUAACUUUCUUGCCUUCUUGCGGAGUUACUACAGUAAGAAGGACCACACAGUUGCACAGGUCUUUGAGCAAAGAAUCAAGCCGAUGUUGGAGAGAGUGCGCAUGCAUCCUCAGUUAGUGACGAGUUCAAAAGAGAAGGAGAUGUCAACGUCACGAUGGAAGUCGAUGGAAAUACAUGACAUCACGAUCGAAUGUGCCAAAAUGUCCCUUGACAUGAUUGAGGGAACUGCUGAAGGUCAUCGCCGCCCCCUGUUUGGAAAGAGAACGUCGAUUGAUAGUAUGUUUCUGAUGGAGGCGCCAACUACCCCUCUAGACACACAAACCCAGUCGUUCUUUUCACAUCACCAGCCCUACCAAAGUGUACAUGUAAGGGACCACGAGGCGAGUGACCAGUACUCAUUAGUCAACCAGUUGAAAUGUUCUAGCACUGAUCUGUGGAGUCCGUCGUCAGUUUGUGGCAUGAUGACGCCACCUCUCUCACAGCAGGUUACGCCUUCACAGAGUGUGUCGGACCUGAAUACGGCAAGCAUCACUUCACAUCAAGGGUUACAUGCUGAGACUCCAACCAUUCCAACGCCAACCAUGAGGCACAGUCCGCCGUACGAAGAUAGUGGUAAUUACGGAAAUGCCAAAGGUAUUGUGGGAAAAAGACGAAGUGUACCAGUUGGACAUCCUACUCCUCCUUGUAGCAAUCAACAGUGUGCCAUACACUCUCCAGGACUUGAUGUAUCGCCAAUGAAGAGGGACUUCACAUCAGAACCGCCUAACCAGGCGAAAAAAAUGGUGGCAAAAAAGCUGCUACUGCCGUGUGAUAAGGCAUUAGAAACAAGCAAAACGUUUGACCCUAGCACAGAUGUGUCGUUGAAAUUGAACCGUAGCAUAAGCGAACACGGCUCUAAAAAGGAAAUCUGUGAUACUACGAAGGCAGCAGAGAAAGAAAUUAUUGUAACUGAUAGUGGGAAGUCUCCCACGCUCCAUCCAUCACAUUCGAUGCCCAAUAUUGUAGACCAGUCAGAUUGUGACGUGAGCACAGCCUCGGAGGACUUUCAGACUGCAUCCGAGCUGAGUUUGAAUGGAGAUCAUUCUGUGCCCUUGGAAAUGCUACCCAAUUUGAUCAAGAGAUUAUCUGAGGCGGAUUCGGAGGAUAUUAGUCAUGUUCAUGAUGCAGAUGAUGAUGAGGUCAGUGACAUCAACGGCUCCCACAUCAGCAUCACGAUAGACCAUGAACCAUACGAUCACAGUGCCAAAAUGAACGAUCCCCAACUCACUGCUCAGUCAAUGCAACAAUUCAUGAAAAACGUGAACCGGAUUCGCUUCAAUAGUAUGAAUACCAACAAUGACUCAACAUUAAAGCGAUCCGUUAAAAAGGGGAAACUUGUGCGUAGUAGUUCAUGUCCUGAUUUGAAAUCCAAAAUGGAAAUUGCAGACGCCAUUGAGGAUAGUUUUGAUGAGGAAGUCGAGAACAAUGAUGAGUCAAGGGUCACCAAGAGUGAUUCCAAGGGGACUACUACAAUUAACCAAAGUCUGUUGUCGCCCUUUCCCGGGAGUGUUGCAGUGACUUGUGAGAGUACUACAGUGACUCAUAGCACCACUGUCCACUGUAUUUACCCAAAAAUGGCUGCGGGUGUUGUGCAGAGUCUGCCCCACAUGCAGCAUCACUUGCAACCACCUCCACAGUGCCCGCCUUUUAUCAACACAUCACAGACUGAUCAGUUAGACCAGAUGCCCGUGCGACGUUUCCCGUAUGAAGAUUUGUUGACAUUAUCGCUGCCGUUAACGCCGAUAACUCAGUGUCAGAAUUGUAUGGAUAGGUCAUACGUUCCUUCGGAUUCACAUAACCAGCCUCAUCUGAGCACAACAUCCCCUCCAAGGGUGCUAGGGUGUGAAGUUCCACUGUUCACAUCCCUGUCACCACCAGAUCUCCUUGACAGGCAGAUCCAGCUCGGAGGUGAGGUUCAUGCUAAAGAGUUGAGUCACAUACCACUGACUAGCGGUGAGAGUAUCAGCUGGACUCACUUUGGAGGUGUUCCACCCACGGAUGAAGUAAACAUCCUCAGAGGGCAGAAUAUGCUACUGCAUACGCAGAUGAUGUAUGAACGCCACAAACGGGAGCAGCAUGCCUUACGGAACCGUCGUCUGCUGGGAAAGAUUGUGAAAAAUGUAGCUCUGGAGGAACAGAAUUCCGCUAUGCGUGACCAGCUGCAGCUCCAGGAGAAAGACAUCGAGCAACUCCAGGUGGCACUCAAGUUACAGCGGGAGGAAAACCGGCGUAUCUCCGAUGGGAAGAAGGUCAUGGAGCUUGAGAAGGAAUCAGAAUUAGUUAAACUACGACGUUCAGAAGAGGAGCUUGAAUACAAGACAAAGGAGCUGCAGUCAAUGUUAGUCACUGAGAAGGAUGAGAAGAAAAUCAUGCUUCAGGAACUGCAAACGGCCAGGUCAGAUCUUUUCAACCUCAGAAAGGAGAUGGGCAUCAUCGAGAGCAAAGUCGCACUGACAAACGAACUGCAGGAACAAGUGAAACAUCUCAAUAAGGAGCUUCUUCUCAUGGGAGAGUUACAGAAGAAAUAUCGGGAAAAGAUGGCAGCAUUGUCCAAGAAUGAUACGCGGGGGUACGGGCAGAAGCAGAUUAUUGAAGCGUACAAGUCAGAAAUUGAAGCUUUAAAGUCCUCUCAAGAUCAGGUGCUGAUUCAUUCCGAAUCUUUGAAAACACGAGUUGCAGAUUUAGAGGAAGUGAUUAAAAAUAAAGACGUUGUCAUCAAAGAUCAGAAAAGGUCAUUGGAAAAAGUGAAAAACGUUUACACCUCAAAACUUGAGUGUGUGAAUGAUAAAUAUCGAGGUCAACAGAGCGUGAUCCAAAGGUUGGAAGCUCACGUUCUUGAACUUCACCACAAGUACAGUCGGAACCACAGGCGCCAUUCUAGUCACAGAAGCCCCCAUGGGAGUAGCUUAAGUCAAGAUACUAGUCGUGAAACAAGCCCGGAGCAGAAAACAAAUGGAGUGUCGCACACGACGCGGCCAAUCACAGUCGAGCAGAACUCAUCACUCGACCAAUUGGAUUCCAGUCACAGAGAAUUUGACUCUUCAAAUAACGCUCAAGCUCCAAGUGUAUCAAAUGACUACUUGACCCGGAGCAUCACGACAGAUGGAAAAAAUGCAUUUCAAAAAUACAAACCACACGAAAUCAGCUCGUACCCUCAGUAUAGUAAACCUCUGUAUGCGAACUUUACAUGCGCCAGUGAGGGCCAGCGAUAUGAGUCGAUGGACCAGCCAUCAUUUCUAAUGCCCUAUGACUCGGUGGUUAAACCGCCAGAUGAUUUAGAAGCAAGCGCUGCUGAGUCUGACUUGAACUUUAUGAUGAGCACGGAGCGUGAGGAUUUCACAUCAGCGAGUGCUAGUAAUGCACAUGCUCAAGAUGGCGGUGCUUCACUUAAUGUUGACAGUGGGAUUGUUUCUCAUAUGUAGCGAUCAGAAGCACACAGCGUCUCAUAUUAGGAAAACACUGUGCCCGUUCUGUCAAGUCUAAGGCUCUUUUCCACUUGUAGUGUAUCUCAGAUGCUCCCUCUCCUAAAAAGCUCAGUCAAUGUCAUCUUUGCAAUCUAUCAUGUCUCCCGCUAUGACCAAAUGGUCCAAAGACCAUGGAGGCCUCCUACAUGUAUCUCAACCCCAAAAAGAGUAUGCAUGUGUUUUCCUAAUGUCAACUCAAACCAGUAUCGAGUCCGAUAUAUAUUGCUGACAUACCGACGAAAAAUAGGCCCAUCUGUGGCAGUCUUAGCAAAGUUGUGCUUGCAUUGUGUUUGGCUGUCUGUCCCUUCCAAAUUCUCACCUUUAGAAAAAGCAAAUUGUGAUCUAUUUGUGGAAUUUAUUCUGUCCUUGUUUGUACUGCAGCUCAAAGUUGUGAUUCAAGAAGUCUUAUUCUGACUUUUGCAGUGGGGGACAGGCUGUAGUGUGUAUUUAAUCAGAACAAUCUUUAGAAUGAAUUUGAAGCCCUCUCCCCUCACCUUUCUAGAACCCUUUGUUUCCUUAAAGUAAUUACAGUGGAACCUCCCUUAGCGGACACCUCUCUAUAAGGGACAACCUCUCUGUUAAGGACACUGGUUUUGGUCCCAACUAGGUUGUUUCCAUUCAAUUUGACCUCUCUAAUAAGGACACCUCUCUAUUAAGGACAGCACUAGUCAGUCCCAAGGGUGUCCUUAAUAGAGAGGUUCUACUGUACAACGGUUGAUUCCUAAGAUUUAGGAGAAGGACCUGGGUGUAUACAGUGGCCGAGAUGACACUCUAACUUACUAAGAAUGCUGAUUUUUGGCCCAAAUAUCUGUUUGAUAUCCAACUCAUAAUACGGCAUCUGUAGGUAGAGUGUACGUGUACUUAAAAGUAGAUCUACAUGUUCGUGUACCUCACUGCAAAAGAUACCACAUUAAGGCAUAUUUGUGAUAUAAGCUUAACUUUUCAAUUGCGUGUUUUAAGAUUUGUUUGUGUUUUGUAUGACAGCGGCUGUUAAUUCAUGUUUGAGUAAAACUUCAUUUGGUGCUUCCGUUCCAUAGAGUUCAUGGUGGCGAUUCAGAUCUAACAUUGGUUGAUAUGAAUAGAGUAGUAAAUGCUUUUAUCUAAAACUCCAUGUACAUUUACACUUGGCCUUUCUGUACAAAAUUGAAGUAAAAGCAUUUGCUAGCCUUUAUUCAUAUCACCCAUUAUUUUACUCAUGCAUAAGUUGAUGGUGUUCACAGCUUUUGCUAUUGAGCAGCCAAAUAGAACGGAUGAAAGGUGGUUAUGUUUCCUGUUUCAUUUGCCUGAUCAGCUGCAAAUGUGAGGGUGUGAUUACUUGUGAAAUGGAUUACCAACACAGUCAUUUACGGGGAUGAGGUGUUCAUUUUUGGAUGGUUUCCUUUUUUCCCCUCCUGAAGAGGGCAUAAUUUGACAGCAGAAAUGAAAGAUCUAUGCCUCAGCUCUUAGUCGAUCUUUUCCAAAUCAGACAAAAAGUAACCAUUUUAGAGGCAUGUUUUGAGUGGCAAUAGUCACAUUCCUGGAUUUAUGGUUUGAAUCACCACCAUGGUUGCAAACUAUUUCAUAUUUUUUCCGUCGAAAGACAAAUUGUAUUGCAGAAUGACUCUUUCUAUACCAUGGUAUUAAAAAUGUUAUAAAGAGAGUAAAGUGAUCAUGCGUUCAAAA